AUGGAGACGCCGUACGUCGAGCGCGCAAACCAGAACCCCAUGGACAAGUAUGGCCCCAUGCAGGGUAGUCUGCAUGACUAUGGCAGCUGGAUCAUGUCGGCGCUGCCUCGUUUCAUCCAGCAGUUCAGCGUGUACAAGGACGAACUGACCUUCUACGUCGCUCCCUCGGGUCUGAUUCCCACGAUGGCGUUCCUGCGUGACCACACGCUGACGCAAUUCAAGGCGCUCAUGGAUAUCUCGGGUGCAGACUACCCGACACGCUCGCAGCGCUUCGAGGUGAACUACCACCUGCUGAGCGUGCGCUUCAAUGCUCGUAUUCGCGUGAAGACGUACGCGGACGAGGUGACGCCUGUGCCUACGGUCACGGGCCUGUUCCGCAGUGCAGACUGGUUCGAGCGCGAGGCGUGGGACAUGUUUGGCAUCUUCUUUGCUGGCCACCCUGACUUGCGCCGCAUCCUGACGGACUAUGGUUUCGAGGGCCACCCGCUGCGCAAGGACUUCCCGCUGACGGGCUACUCGGAGGUGCGCUGGGAUGAGGAGAAGAAGCGUGUGGUGCACGAGCCUGUCCAGCUCAUGCAGGCUCACCGCAACUUUGAGGCCAACUCGGCCUGGGAGCAGGUCGGCAGUGGUGUCUCGUACCAGCCAAACGAGUACAAGCUUACGCCGCCGAAGCCUGCCGAGGAACCCAAGGACAAGAAGUAG